CACAAAGAAGAUCAGGAUGGAAUUCAACACUGAAAGAUAAGUUGGCAGUCAAUGGUGUAAAGAGGUCAUUGGAGUGUGAAAGGUUUUUAAUUGGGGAAUCAAUCAUAAGAGAACAACUCGAAGCUACAUUUAAUUUGGCAACCGAAUCUAAUCCAUCAUGGAUCCUAUAGUAUACACUGCGGUUGUUGCAGCUUCUGGGACUGAGAGUGAAGUUUUUUGGGACGGCAUCUUUUGGAGGGCCUCUGCUACAACUGAGAAUAUCAACUAUGGAAAGAACAUGGAAAGAGGUAAAAUGAGGGUUGGAAAGAGGCAAAUUGGCAGAGAAUUCACAAUCAGGGGAUAGUAAAAGCACAUCGUCAUGAAUGGUAAUGAUGUUCCCUGGUUGGGAUAUUCCUUCAACUGGAUACCAUCUUCCUACUCCCUUCUCCAGUUGGAUCUUCUGAACUGUUUCAUUGCACCCAUCAAUUAGAAACAACCCACACUCUGGGCGUCCCUUAUCAGUGAAAGGGAACCCAGGUGCAGUAAAAUUACCGCAUUUAAAGGGCGGGCAGUUUUUAGCCCACCACUCUUCUUCACCAGCAGAGUGAAGAUUUUCAAGAGAAGUGAGAACCAGAAAAAGAAACAAGGAUACAGCAGCAGGAGCCAUUAGGAGAGAGAUUCCAAAUUCAAGAACAAGCAAAGACAACAGAAUAACAAUAGAUAGAAGGAGCUAAGUUCAGAGGGAACAAACCAGGUAUCCUGAGUUGAAAUACCACUCUGCUGUAUCCGAGAAUACAAUAGACAAAAUCGG